GGAAGCCAGGAGGAGCGAGCUGGAGGCGGAGACGAGGAAGUGGGGGCGAGGCGCAGGGCGCGGGCGGGGCGCACCGCCAGCUCCAUCCCUGGCCGGAGGGCAGCCGGCGCGGGCGCUGGACGGAGGCGAGCCGGAGCGGAGCCACUUCAGCGGCAGCAGCUCCAGCUCACGCUCUCCAGUGGACUCCAGAGGGAGAGGCAACAGUGCUAGACCCCCGUCAUGUGGUUGGGAGCAGCCGCCCGCUAUGGAGAAGGCUGCAGCCAUGUCUCCACAUGAUGCCUCCCAAAUAAAACCAAAGCCACCUCCAGACUUAUGCCCCAGUGCGUCAGUCUCUAUGCAAAACCUGGAGAGUGGAGAUCUGUGCAGUCCCAGGAGGAAGCCGGCUCUGCCAAGGGGUCAUUUGAGGACUGGGGUUUGAACCAGGAAGCUUGCUUCAAGGACUAGCUUUCCCUCAUCUUCCUUCAUACUCAUGCCCAACACCUCCUAAGAGACAGCUUUAUUUAUCUCUAGAAAAACAGCACUGGAUCGGUCAUUGCAGCCUCUCCACAUUUGGACACUUCUCUUGGCUCUGUUGGGCAGCUUGGAGCCCAGUGGUUGACAUAAUUGACCCUUUGGGGAGCUGGAAGAGAAGCAGCCAGGGGCCGGAGGCAGGGGAAAGAGCCAUAGGGUCCCAGGAUGGCGUCCAAUGGCACGACCUCUUCCUUUUGUCUGGACCCUGCUGCGUUGAAGAUCACCGUCAGCGUGGUCCUCACCCUCUUCAUCCUCAUCACCAUCGCCGGCAAUGUAGUCGUCUGCCUGGCGGUGGGCUUGAACCGCCGGCUCCGCAGUCUGACCAACUGCUUCAUCGUGUCCUUGGCCAUCACUGACCUACUCCUCGGCCUCCUGGUGCUGCCCUUUUCGGCCUUCCACCAGCUGUCCUGCAGGUGGAGCUUCGGCAAGGUCUUCUGCAAUAUCUAUACCAGCCUAGAUGUCAUGCUCUGCACGGCCUCCAUCCUCAACCUCUUCAUGAUCAGCCUCGACCGGUACUGCGCCGUCACAGAUCCCCUGCGCUACCCCAUGCUGGUCACCCCUGUCCGUGUCACCAUCUCCCUGGUCUUAAUUUGGGUCAUCUCCAUCACCCUAUCCUUCCUGUCUAUCCACCUGGGAUGGAACAGCAGAACUGAGACCAGCAGUGCCAAUCACACCAUCCCAAAGUGCAAAGUCCAGGUCAACUUGGUGUAUGGCCUGGUGGACGGACUGGUCACCUUCUACCUGCCUCUGCUGGUCAUGUGCAUCACCUACUACCGCAUCUUCAAGAUCGCGUGGGACCAGGCCAAGAGGAUCCAUAACGUCAGCUCCUGGAGGGCAGCCACCAUCAGGGAACACAAAGCCACAGUGACCCUGGCAGCCGUGAUGGGGGCCUUCACCAUCUGUUGGUUCCCCUACUUCACCGUCUUUGUUUACCGUGGGCUAAAAGGGGAUAAUGCCAUCAACGAGACCUUCGAAGCCGUGGUUCUGUGGCUGGGCUAUGCCAACUCAGCCCUGAACCCCAUCCUCUACGCUGCUCUGAACAGAGACUUCCGCACAGCAUACCAACAGCUCUUCUGCUGCAGCCCCAGCGACCACAGCACCCACAGAACUUCUCUGAAGUCCAACGGCUCUCAGCUGACGAGGAUUCCAAGCCAAGGACCCAGGUGGCAGGAAGAGAGGCCCCUGAGGCUCCAGGUGUGGAGUGGGACAGAGGUCACGGCCCCCCAGGGAGCCACAGACAGCGAAAAGUGGGUGACACGGAGGCAAAGGAAGGGCUGAGUGGAAGUAAGCCGCACCACGCCUUCACUUCUCCUUCAAGCAGCAAGCCUGGCGUGCUAUAACAAUGCCCAACACUCAUCACCGGCUAUGUGACCUCGGGCAAGUUUCCUAACCUCUCUUUGCCUUAGUUUCCUCCUCCAUCAAAUAGGGGACUAAUAGUACCUACCCCUUGAGGUCGAGCUAAUAUUUACAAAACGCCCAGAACCAGGCCUGGCUCAGUGCAUGGUGGCUGUCAUUUGGUAGCUCUUAGGGCUCAGAGCACAGGCUUUGGACCUAGCAGACGUGGCACAGAGCCCUGUUCCUCCACGCACUGCUGUGACCUUGGUCAGGCAGGUCACUUAAUCCCACGAAGAGCCAGCUCCCUCAUCUGUAAAGAAGUGGGUGGUGGGGCCCCCAAGGCACCCCAAACACACAGUAAGCACUCAAUGUGACUAUUGACUGAGGGCCAGACCCACGCCCUGAGGCCUUGGCUCUCCCAGUGGUGGGUGCAUGCCUCUCCCACCUUAUUUGUCAUGAAAAUGAACACUGUUUUUGCAAAACUCCUGCAGGAAGCCUUUGCCCAGCUUGAAGGACAGAAAGAGAGCUCCAUCUAUGGACUUGGCCAUGGGCGCCCAUCAUCCUGCCCCGGCCCUCCACCCUUCAAAGCAGACGCUGACACAGGCAAACCCUCUGUGUUUACUUCUGGAAAAGUAUGAGAAGGCCCUGAAAAAAAUCAUUUCUUUCAUGAGUGGAGGGCUGACGUUUGGUCAUUUCGGCCAAAUACUGGGAAGUACUGGUUUGUGGUAGAAAACAAAGUUAUUUGAAGAUAACACUCAUAUGAGUGGGCUCUGGGUAACUUGGCAUCCUGAAAUUUCCACCUCAUAGCUAAUUUUAGGACAACCAGAAAUUAGGUCUGCUUGGAGAAGAGGGUCACCCCUGAUUUUGGCAAAAGUGUAAGGCAAGGGAACAGACACUUGGUGGGUUGCAGCUGGCUCCCAGGGCACUAGAGGGCCACUUCCCCUUUCUAAGCUCUCCCACUUCCCUUUCCUCAAAAAGGAGAGGGGACUUUGCACUGACCCAGUUCCCAAGAUACACGUGAAACUGCCCUUCUGGGUGUGGCAGUUCCCCCAGAUGCUUGGGUGCAGGAUAAGCAAGGGUCUGGGUUCAGGGAGCAGCCCAGCCUACAACACGCAGCCCCUCAAGGGCCAGUUCUUGGUGACCCUCAGGAAAAAGCAGCUAAUGGCUGUACCCGUCUUGGGAAACAAAGGAGGAGGGAGAAAGGGAGAAUCUUCUGGAAUUUCUAAACAUUUCUCCCAUCACUUCUCCUGGCUUCUACAGCACUUCCCCUGGGAUUAUGCCCAUUUUUACAGAUGAGGAGAUGGGCUUCGAUAGGGAGGUGGAGUUGCCUGAGACCUGACAGCAGGGGAGUGAGGAAGCCUCAAACUGAAUGCAUGACUCCUGCUUCUAAAUCUCACAUUUUGUCCCAAUCAUCCCAACGCAGGGCUGGUGCUCAGCAGGUAUUUGCUGAAAUGGUCACCAUGCCUCACUGUCUGUCCCAAGGUCCUGGCUCACAAUGCUCUUCUGGGCUGGUAGGAGUGGGAAGGUAGAUAUAGAAAUAAAGCCAGCAUGAGACACCACACAGAGUGGGGUAAGGGCUGCCCCACAGCCAGGGGAAGUGCUUUUGCUUCUGCUGAUCUGUGAACUUGGGAAGUCAGAAAAUGGGAGAAUCGCUAUCGAAAAUGAGAUUGGCUGGGUUUUUCAUUCAUUAGUUCACACACACGAUUGAGCACCUGCUAUAAACUUGGACAGUGGGGUAGAUGACAAAAGAUCCAACACCUGCCUUUAGUCUGGGAGAUAGACAGGUAAAUUGAUGGUUAACCCAAGGAGGUAAGUGUCUCAGCAGAGGGGCUGUAGGAGCCAGGAGGGAAUCAGUAAUCCUGGGAGACCUCAGAGACAGCUUCCCAGAGGAGGUGAUGCCUGAACAGAACCUUGAAACACUUCAAAGUGCACAGCAAAGAAGGUAAAGGAAUUGCAAGCAAUGGGGAUGACACGUGUAUAGGUGCAAGUACAAGACAGAGCAGAGUAAUGUGUGCAUGUGGUGGUUCUGUGUGAUAAUUUGUACUAUAAGCCGUAGAUGGUAAUGGAAAAGGUCACUGACAGUCAUUAUCUGUAGUCCUUACAAUAGUCCUGUGAGCUUGAUAUUAUUAACAUAUUUCACAGAUGAGGAAACAGAGGUUCAGAGCGAGACUGAGCAAGGCUUCUCACUGAAACUGGGUCCUGACCCCUGGUGGCUGAACAUAUUAUAGCACCCUCAUGUGAAAAGAUAUUCAAAGAACAUUUAUUUAAGAAUGCUAUUAGGACACUAUGAACUGUCAGUAGCAGAAACCCAGUUAAAAGAGGCUGGGAUUGGUGGAGGUAGGGAAUUAGCUUAUAGAACUGAAGAAAUCAAGGGUAGCUUCAAGUUGGAUUCAGGAGCUCAAAUGUCAUCAUAAAUUUGUCUUUCUCCAGCUUUCAACUCAGUUUCACCCUGUGUUGCCUUCAUUUUCAGUUAGAGUCUCCCCAUGGGGCCACCAGGAGCUCCAAGCUUACAUCUUACCAUCUUAGUAGCCCCAAUGGAAAAUAUUCUCCUUUCCUCCCGUUCCAACAGAAAGUUUUAGGCUUAAGUUUCAUUGGCUGGAUGGGGUCCUGUGUUUACCUCUGUACCCAGACCUGGAGCCAAUGCAAUGAAUAAGGUAAAUCUCACCUCACGCACAUGGGCAAAGAGUAGGGAAGUUUGGAUCCCAAAGAAGAAUCAAGGUGUUAUUACCAAGAGAAGGGGAAUUGAUGAUGGGAAGGUAAAAAUAAGAUGUUUACCAUAAGCACUUGGCAGACAACCUAUUAUGUGCUCUCCUAGAACCCCACAUACAUCUCCGAGCCUCAAGUGUCAGAGCUCAGGGCAAAGAUGGGCCAUAAGGGAGUCCAGGAAUAUUAAACGUACAAGUAUCUCUAGAUGUGUGUAAUGUAAUAAAGUCUACACAGUGUGGGACUCCAGCUUAGUGUCUCAUCCCAACUUACAUUUGGCAUGGAUGGCAAGCUAAGUAAAGGAGGAAGGGCUCCAUACCACUAGACACUAUUAAGUUAAAUAUGCAUGGCAAACAAAUUUAAUAAGAGGAUGGAAAUUCCAUAUGGUAAGGAGGAAAGAGAAGGAGAAAAAAGGCAGUUUAAAGCAAAGCAAAAAAAAAAAAAAAGACAGGAAAUUUUAGAAAAGAUGGGACAAACGUAGAACACAAAAUCACAUUGAAGAAAUUAGUCAAAAUAUAUCAGUAAUCACAGGACAUGUAAAUGGAAUACCCUGGGCCAAUUUAAAAAAAUGGAGAUUGUCAGAUUUGAUUUUUUUUAAACCCAAACAAAUAUUUUUACAAGAGAUAGACUUAAGGAAACAAAAAAGUUGAAAGUAUAAGGAAGGAAAAAUAAGAUAUACUAGGCAAAACUAACCAAAAGAAAUCUGGGUAGCUAUAUUAAUAUCAGACAAAGUGAACUGUGAGCAAAAAGGAUUACUAAAGAUAAAGACCAUCUUUUGAAAAAAGAUUCAAUUCACUAGAAGGAUAAGAAUUCUAAACUUGUAUGUACCAAAUAAACCAGCUGCAAAAAGUAAAACUGACAAAGUAACAUUGACAAAACCACAGAGAGAAAUUAAUCAUUAACAUCAUAAGCAAACAGUAUUAAGACUAAAAGGGAGAUAUUAUUAUAGAUUUUGCAGCGAUUAAGAAAGAUGAUAAGAACAUUGUGGUCAAUUUUAUGCCCCAAACAAGGGAAAAUUCAGAUACAGUGCACAAAUUCCUAGCAACAGAACUUACCAAAACUGACUUGGGAAGAAAUAGAAAACCCGAAUGGUCCUAUAAACAUUAAAAAAUAAAGAAA